UCAGCUCAGCAGGUUUAGGCCCCACCAAGGAAUCCUGCAGACCUGAGGCUCCACACAGCAAGACUCAAAGAUGAAGGGAUUUUUUAGACGAAGCUAAAUUGGAUUAACAGUGUCGAAAGAACCAUGCUUUUAGGAAUAAAACCUGCAAAACAAGUCAUAUGGGCAGACUCGGGAGUAAUGGGGGGCUUCAUGUUUAAGCAGUGGAAGGAGAAGUACCUGGUGCUGACCCUGGAGGGGAGCCUGUUGGUGUGCCGCGAUGCAGAGUCGCCUCCAGACCAGAGGGUAGCCCUACACAGCAGCUGUGAGUCCAUCGUAGAGGGCCGGGAAAUCAUCGACCUGCCCAAGCUGCCUCCAGGGGGCAGGAGGGACUGCUGCUUCGCCCUCAUCCUGCCGCAGAACAAGUUCCUGCUGCUGCUCUCUGACAACCCUGAUGACUGCAAUCUCUGGCUGAAUUUGAUCAGGAAAGUGAAGGAGGGUGUCAUGUCCCCCCUGACCCUCCAGAGACAGCGCAGCAUCAAUCCCUGCAUCACCGACAGAGACCCCCUGCCGGAUUCUUCCAGCGAUAAAGACCCCGGGUCACCCAGGUUCAGUGAGGGGACCCCUCCUAUGUCCGGUGUCACUCAGCGGGGAGGCUCCUUCAGAGACAGUGGCCAAAACCAAGCCGGUGGGCCUCGGCAGCCGCUGCGCAGUGUCCCUGUGGCCCCCCCUCAUCGUGCGUCAGAUUGUCUUCGCCAUGGCAACAGCAGCGAUGCCCGGGCGGUGCGGGCGGUGUGCCUAAUGAUGGGGGGGGCGGCAGCCUCUUCUGCUCUGGGCUACCUCAACUCCUGCUCCUCUUCCUCCCCGCUGGCUGGCAGAGCCUCAGAGAUAGCCCACGUCACCGGGGGCUUCUCGGAGCCCCCUGCGGGGGGGUCCUUCCACGCUUGCGGCCAGGACGUGGACUCCCCCCACUUCAACAGCUUCGACUUUGAAGGAGACUCCGACUUUGAUGCAUUCGAUUGUGGAGGAUUUGCUUUUUAGUUCUGAUUACAUAGCAGCUGUUUGACAACAUCCUUGUGUUGGUAUUCCUUCAUGAUAAAAGGUCAUAGUUAUAAAGUCAUCAAUAGUCUGUUAUCUAUGCGUCUACUUUAUAAAUGAAUGAAGGUGUUUUUCCUGGCUUUGUGCCCAUGCUCCUCAGGUGAAUCAUUCUUGAUCUUGACUCUUGUGAACACUGCCCGUGUGUUGUAUCAGUGUUUCCGUGCCACAGGACGGCCUGAGGUUAACUGAGAUGGCAGUGUAAUGAUCACACAGACGUUUAAGGGCCUCUGUUCAGAUCCAAUCUGCUUUGGGUGAAAGACACUGGCAGGGCGCCGGUGAGAGCCUCGUCCCAGCGUUUCAUCAAAAAGGACUUUCUUUAUUGCUUUAUAUCCUGACAACAUAUCACUGCGAUUGUAUGACAGACCAAUAUUGCCACUUGGUUUGUGCUACUAUAUCAUUGUAUGACUAGUAUUACAUCCAACUGGAAGAUGCUUGCUCUCACACUUUGCUUCACCAGUCAAUCUGACAGCCAGAAAAGUGUGGGGAAUAAUUUGCAUAUGACGAAAAACACCGACAGCAACUUCCAGUGUCCGUCCAGCCAAUCCACUCCAACAGAUCGAUCUUUUCUGUCUGUGAAAUGAUAGAAAACAAGCUUCUCCUGCAGGUUCUGCAGUCACGUCAUUCUCCCCUUUCUGAAAAGUUAAAAAGUGAGCAACUUCAAGUGUUUGGAGCAGCCGCAUAAUACACAAACAAAUGAUGCAGUCGUCACAUGUGACGGCUUGUUCUCACAUCAAACCGGAAAUAAUACAUUUAAAAAAAGACACUAACGCUCAGAAAAAGGACACAGGCCCUAAGAGGACAUGAAGUCUAUUAACAGUUGUGUUUUCCCACAAUUCGUUGUUCAUUUUAUACAUUUUAAAAUGUGGCCUAUGUGAAUAUGUUGUCAUCUUCCUUUUGCCCUGCUCUCAGGAGUCCCUAUGUGAUGGUUGAUCUCACAUGAAAUGCAGUGCAGAGGUGAACGCCAAAUAAAUCCUGCUGUCACCAUGACUGCGUCUUUCUCUCUCCAUGCUGUUUGCUAGCUGGCAGGAGGGAGGGAUGUGCAGAGCCUGAACUGCUCUGUGUGCCCUUCUGAGAUUUUGUAGCACAGCAAAAAAUAAUCCUUUGGGUUUAUAGAUCAUGUGCUGGAUAUGGAUUUGGGUUUGUGUGCUCUCAGUUUGGAAAUCAUGUGCUGAGAUUCACACACCGCUGAGCCACAGCUGCACAUGUGUUCUUGCUGUCUUCCUUUGUCACAUGCAAGAAUGACUCAGCUGAUUGUGAUCAGUUGAAGAGAAAUGGUUAUUUUCGUACAGAUAUUAAAAAUCAAUCUUUACCAACCUGGAGAACAUUUUCCCUUCCUAUAAGUAAAUUCAGCUUGGAAGUCAUUUUUCAUCAUUGUUGAAAGUACAUUUGAUCAACAUUACUUCUGUGUAUUAUCAUAUUAUAAAUGUUAUGUAAUACCUCAAAGCCCUGCUGCUCAAUAUGACAACUAGGCCAAACAGUCACGCUGAGGCUCCGCCACUCACAGACAAGUUAAGCGGGUUACUCAGAUACAUAAACAUACAAAUGUAUUAAAGAAUAACAGCAGAUUCAGGUAAAGCGUGCGGGUGUUGUUGCUCCUUAAUGUUUUGAAGGGUAAAAAUAUAUUUUUAAGUGUUUUGUUAAAUAGAAAGUUUGAUUGUGCCUAAGUAUUUGACCAAAACAGUCCACCUCUUCCAAAAUGCCAUGCUCCUACCAACUUUUCAUUAAAUAUUAGCACAAAAAACAAUUCACAUUAAAGGUUUAAACUCUUGAUAAUCAUUUAUUAUGUUUUGUUCUCUGUGCUGGACAGGGCUUAUUUUUUGUAAUCUCUUGAUAAAAUGACACUUUGAGAGUUCAUAUAACAUAUGUAUUUCUCCACAUUGGACAACAUACUGUAUAGCAGCAGAUCCAAUGUUGCACACUGCCAACACGAAGAGAUUAUGGGAUAUAUGCAGCGGGGUGAAGGACUGGAUCUAAGAGAUGAUUAAACACAUUGGUACAGUCCAUGUAGU